AUGGACUCCUCCGCCGUUAAACAACCCGAGUGGCACGCUCCGAAAGAGCCCCAGUCUCGUGACACCCUGAAGCUGUACAACUCGUUGACUCGAUCCAAGACUGCUUUUGUUCCCAUUGCUGGCAACAAGGUCACCUGGUACUGCUGCGGGCCCACCGUCUACGACUCCAGCCACAUGGGCCAUGCCCGAAAUUACGUUAGCACCGACAUCAACCGACGAAUUCUACAGGACUACUUUGGAUACGAUGUUCUGUUCGUGCAGAAUGUGACUGACAUUGACGAUAAGAUCAUCAUCCGAGGCCGACAGCAACACCUGUUCCAAAAGUACGUUGAGGAGAACAAGGGUCUGUCUCAGGAGGUGCUGUCAAAGGUUCUCAGCAGCUGGAACGAUUUCGCCAAGGACAAGCUCGGUUACACUGAUGAGGUUGCCGAUUUCGAGAAGUACGUGGAGUCGGAAACAACUAAACUCAAGUCAAUCGAAGACGCCAAGUUCAAGAUGAACCUAGCAAGCGCACAGGCUGCUGCUAAGGCUCUCACCGACAAGACCGUCACACCAGACAUUUUCUACCCUGCUGUCAAGGAUGUUCUUGUGCUCACACUGGAUCAGGAGCAGGGCUCCACCGUGUCGGACCACAAGAUCUUCCGAGAACUGUCUGCGUUCUGGGAGGGUGAAUUCGACAAGGACAUGGCAAAACUCAACGUUCUGGCCCCCUCUGUCACAACUCGUGUCUCUGAGUACGUUCCUGAGAUUGUCGAGUACGUGGAGAAGAUCAUCGACAACGGCUACGCCUACGUCAGCGAUUCCGGCGUGUACUUCGACACCGCUGCCUUCGACAAGUCCCACGACUACGCCAAGCUCCAGCCCUGGAACAAGGGCCAUGCUGACCUGAUUGAUGAGGGAGAAGGUUCUCUUUCCAAUAAGACUGGCAAGCGAAAUUCCUCUGAUUUCGCCCUGUGGAAGGCCUCCAAGCCCGGUGAGCCCUUCUGGGACUCUCCUUGGGGUCAGGGACGACCUGGAUGGCACAUUGAGUGCUCUGUCAUGGCUUCUGCCAUUCUCGGUCCUCAGAUGGACAUUCACUCUGGAGGUAUUGAUCUGGCAUUCCCUCACCACGACAAUGAGCUUGCCCAGAGUGAAGCCCAUUACGACUGCAAGCAGUGGGUCAACUACUUCCUUCACACUGGCCACCUACACAUCGAGGGUCAGAAGAUGAGCAAGUCUCUGAAGAACUUCAUCACCAUUGACGAGGCCCUCCAGACCUAUUCUCCGCGGCAACUCCGUCUGGCGUUCGCCCUUCAGCAGUGGAACAACCAACUCGACUUCAAGUCUGCCCUGAUUUCCGAGGUCAAGUCCGUGGAGUCCACCUUCUCAAAGUUUUUUGCCAAGGUCCGUGCUCUCAAGGGCGAAGUUGAGGACAAGGUUUCAAAGGGUGUUCUUGUUUCCAAGAAGACCGGCCCUGCUGAGCUUGCCCUGCUGAACGCUCUGUCCGACUGCAAGGAGGCCGUUCACAUUGCUCUCUGUGACAAUCUGGCCACACCUGCUGCUAUUCAGAACAUGGUGCAGCUUGUUGGCAAGGUCAACCUUUACCUUGGCGAGACUUCCACCGAGAAUGUGCGAACUGAGAUUCUGGUUGAUGUUGCCACCUUCAUUAGCAAGAUGUUCGCCGUCUUUGGUUUCCGAACUCGAACUGACAACCUGGGUUUCACCGAAGAGUCUUCCGAGGCUUCUUCCGAGGCUCUGAUCAUGCCCUACCUUACCACUCUGCGAAACUUCCGGGACGACAUUCGAGGUAAGGCUAUGGCUCGAGCCGCUCAUCUCGAAUUCCUGCAGGCCACUGAUCAGGUGAGAUUCGACCUGCUUAAGCAGGGCGUUUCCCUUGACGACCGUGGUGUCGGCGAGCCUGCCCUGAUCAAGAUUCUGUCCGAUUCUGAGAAGCUGGAGCUGAUCAAGGCACAGGAGGAGAAGGAGAAGCGAGCUGCGGAGAAGGCUGCCAAGCGAGAGGCCCAGGCCAAGCUGGAGGCGCAGAAGGUUGCCGAGAGAGAGGCCAAGGCUAAGAUUGCUCCCAAGGAUCUGUGGAAGGAUGACCCCGCUUAUUCGCAGUGGGAUGAGGACGGAAUCCCAACCCAUAACGCUGAGGGUGAAGCUAUUUCUAAGAGUCUCAAGAAGAAACUUACCAAACAGCAUGAGGCCCAGAAGAAGCUGUAUCAUGACUACGAGGGACAGAUUUUGGAGUAA